CUUCGCGGUAAUGCCGGAAGUGUUUUGUCCCUCCUCGCUCGCUGUACUUCGUGACAGAAAAACGUGCUAUCAAUGAAUGUUGUGACGGAAUCAAACCAGUAUGACUUAAAACCCGAAGCCGCCCCAGUUUAAACAUAAACGUGUGUCCAGUCUGAACCAGUAACUUCUCAUGACUCUGUACGUUGUGGCCGCCGCAGCGUGAAAAAAAACAAACCCUCCUCCAAAACGCGCGUGUUAGCUUCAGCUGUUUUUAGCUAACGGCUAACUGAGGCGAACCCCAAACAAGAGGGAGGUGGAGCCGCCGCUGGGAGACAGAAACCCCGCAGUCCAGAACAUGUCCGCCGCGGUGAAACGGAGCAGGAAGCGGUACGGCCACCACGGCAAGCGGUGGAAGGGCUCCCGGGAGCUGGAGGUGGGCAUGAAGGGCAUCCUCAUCACGUGCAACAUGAACGAGAAGAAGUGCACCGCGGAGGCCUUCAACCUGCUCAGCGAGUACGCGGAGGAGCUGUUCGGACCCGAGAAGCAGCAGGAGAACACUGGGAGCAGCAGUGAAGACGAGGCUGAGGAAGAAGACGUGGAAGUCGCACUGAAGAAGGAAGUGGCUCAGCUGAAAGCAUCUGGAGCCAAACAGCAGAGGCGCUUCCAGGCCAUGGAGAGCGGAGCGAACAAUGUCAUCUUCAUCAGAACGCAGAAUCUGGAAUCGGACAAGUUGGUUCAUCACAUCCUGUCUGAUCUCCACACCACCAAGAAGAAGAAGUCCAGAGUGAUUCUAAGGAUGCUACCAGUGACUGGGACGUGCAAGGCCUUUCAGGACGACAUGGUGAAGUAUCUGACCACUUACCUGGAGUCUUGGUUCAAAACCCCAAAUUGUGCCACGUACCAGAUCGCCUUCAAGGCCCGGAACAGCAGCCACAACAAGAGAGACGAAAUCAUCAAAUCCAUCGCAGAACUCGUGGGGAAGCUGAACCCGAGCAACAAAGUGGACUUGACCAACCCAGAACUGACAAUCAUUGUGGAGGUCAUCAAGACUGUGUGCUGCAUCAGCGUGGUCAAAGACUAUUCACGGUUCAGAAAGUACAACGUUCAGGAGGUGUUGAAGGAGGAGGCGCCGAAGCCCGACGCAGCCGCAGAGAAGACGGCUACAGACCAACCGGAGCAGGAGGAGGAGAAACCGACCAACCAGGAGGAAAACAAGGGGGAAGAGGAAAAUGGCAAAAAUGUGUCGCAGGAAAACGAGGAGGUGAAGAAAAGCGAGGAGGUGAAGAAAAGCGAGGAGGUGAAGAAAAGUGAGGAGGUGAAGAAAAGUGAGGAGGUGAAGAAAAGUGAGGAGGUGAAGAAAAGCGAGGAGGUGAAUAAGGACCCCAAAGACGAGUAAAGGUUUUCAUUCAAACAAUCAGAUCGUCAGUUGUUGAGUUAGACCUAAAGUUUCUAGUUGUGUUAUGUUGUCAAACUUUUGUUUUCAGUUAAAAUAAGUUAUUUUAAAUGCUAUGAUAACAACACUUGAAAUGAGGUUUGCAAAAAUUCAUUUAAAAUCUCAUUGGUACCAACUUCAUGGAGCUGGUCAUUGUCAUCGAUCUUGAAUUACAAGUAAAGGUUUUUCUUUAGCUUAACUCUGACAAACAGCUGAUGUUAUUUGAAGCUGAAUUUCUUUUUUUGUUUGUUAAUUUGUGUGUCAUUUGUUUUGACAUUUUAAAUGAAAGACCACUGUUUGGUUCAGGUCACUGUGUGUGUUCCACGUAGUAAUUGAGUGUGUUUUGUAAGAAAUGCUAUUUCCUAACGCUGUUCCUGAAUUAAAGCUGCCGUUGUUUUUAAA